AUGGCAUCCUCAUCCACACCAUCGGCUUCCUCCAAUGGAGGAGCUGGGCCCUCAAAAACAAGUGGCGGCGAGUCCACUGUACAACCGAUGCCAAUGGCCAGCGGCGGCCUUCACUCUGGGGGCGGCGGGCCAUCCGGCUCGGCAUCGCAAUCUGCUAGUUUUGGAGGACCCUCUUCGCACACAGCAUCAGACACUGGAUCGGUGGCUACAGAGGAUGAGGAGGACUUGGAAGACUACUGCAAGGGCGGCUACCACCCUGUGCAUGUAGGUGAUACAUUCUCGGAGGGGCGGUAUUUGAUCGUCAGGAAGCUGGGUUGGGGUCACUUCUCCACGGUGUGGUUGGCAAAGGAUCACAAGAUGAACCGUCACGUAGCUUUGAAAGUCGUCAAGUCGGCUCCGCACUACACUGAAACAGCCUUGGAUGAAAUUAAGCUCCUGCAGAAGCUGGUCGCAGCUAAUCCAGGGCAUGCAGGCAGGCGGCAUUGCGUCUCACUACUCGAUCACUUCAAGCACAAGGGGCCAAAUGGCUCACAUGUGUGUAUGGUCUUCGAAGUGCUCGGAGAGAACCUCUUGGGCCUCAUCAAGAGGUAUCAACACCGUGGUGUACCCCCUCACAUUGUCAAGCAGAUUGCGAAGCAGGUGCUACUGGGUCUGGAUUACAUGCAUCGAGAGUGUGGGAUUAUUCACACGGAUCUCAAGCCAGAGAAUGUUCUCAUCUGCAUCGACGAUGUAGAGUCUGUGGUACAAGCCGAGCUCCAGACAAAUCCUGCAGCAGUGCCCACCAAGCUGGUCGGUGUACCCCCAAGUCAGGGACGUGGAGGUGCACAGACGCCGAGGCGGGAAGGCAUCUUCAUCACCGGCUCGCAACCACUGCCCAGCCCUAGCAGCAGUCUCAGCUCGAGUCCCAUGCUGGAUAAGUGGGCAUUUGCAAUGUCGAAGAUCGAGGGUCGAGAUAGCGCGAGUGGAAGCUUGAAGAGCGUAUCGUCGGUGCAAGGGUCCGGCAAAGGCAUUCAGGAUAAGGAGCAGACUACGGAGGGAAUCCAAAAGGGUAUGGAUGGACUUAGCACUGGCUCUAGUGGAGAGCCUUCCGCCUUCGGAAGCAAGGGAGGUCCAUCUGUCGCCGCAUCGCAGGCUAAGAAGGGUCCUUCCCUCCUUUCGCAGCAAGCACCCGGUGUCAAGACAGCUCAACCUCCAGGAACUCCACCGAUGCCUUCUCCGUCUCGUCCUGAGUUCAGCAAUUCGCCGUCGGGCGUCUCCUCCUCCAUGGCCUCCUCUUCUGUCAACGACUCCAUCAUGUCGUCCGAUGCCGGAUCUGCCGAGUCAAGAGUUCCACAUGCAUUCGUGCCAGCCGUCAAUGCUGGGGACCCCACGACCCUGCCACCACCUCCCCCUUAUGACCCCAGCUCUCUGGAGAGGAUCACAGUCAAAAUUGCAGACUUGGGAAAUGCCUGCUGGGUCGACCACCACUUCACAAAUGACAUCCAGACAAGGCAAUACAGAUGUCCCGAAGUCAUCCUGGGUGCCAAAUGGGGACAAACGGCAGAUGUAUGGAGUGCUGCAUGCAUGUUCUUUGAGCUCCUCACCGGAGACUAUCUCUUUGACCCUGCUGCUGGGUCGAAGUACAACAAGGACGACGACCACAUCGCGCAAGUGAUCGAGCUGCUCGGAGACUUCCCCAAGUCUCUGGCCUUCUCUGGCAAGUACAGCGCGGACCUCUUCAAUCGCCGUGGUGAACUGCGUCAUAUCCACAAGCUGCGCUUCUGGCCCCUCAUCUCCGUCUUGCAAGAGAAGUAUCUCAUGCCAUUGGAGGAUGCCAAGAAGCUCGACACAUUCAUCAUGCCGAUGUUGAGGCUGCAUCCCGACAAGAGGACAUCCGCAGAGGUGGCUCUGCAGCACGAGUGGCUAUCGGGGGUCAUUGUGGAAGGGGAGCUCGAACAGAUGUUCAAGGCUGGUCAGUUCGAUGAUCUCGCAGCGAUUGCCAGCGGUGGUGGACGCAGUGGAGGUAGUCUCAUCAGCGCCGUUGGCAAGGGUGUUGGCCCAGAGACAGACCUCGAUGCUCUUGACGCUCUUAAGCCUGUCAGCAACUCUUUGGGCUCCAGCUUGGCCGACUCUCCUACAGGUGGACCCGCUCCGCUGACACUAGACCCAAAGGCCUUGCAAGCAGCGCAGGCAAAGGCGGCUGCGCACGCCGCUGCCCAGCAAAAGGAGCUGGAGUCCUCCUCAAGCGAGGGCGCAUCUAGCUCUUUCCCAUCGUUAGCAGCAGAUGCCGAGGUGAGCGAAUCGGCUUACACAACGGAAUCAGGCGCAGGUGACAACGACUCGACCUGGAAGGCGCAGUCAUCGACUUCAGCAACGGCCUCUUCUGAGCAAGCAGGUGCAGCGCUACAGCCAUCUUCGCCCUCGCAGAGCGCGAUGCAGGCCACGCCUAGAGCGGCAGGCCAGCCAUCUCGAAGGAACCAUAGCUCGCCUUCGCCCCAUGCUCUGCCGCCACACGCUGCUGGACCAAACAAGACACCGGCGCCUCAGCCCGUCUCCUAG